AUCUUGUUAAUAUUUUCAACUAAAUAAUAGUUAUAUUGAUAAGAAUCUAAUACUUAGACAUAUUUCAAUUUUGUGAAAUUACAUAUUAAAAAUUGAUGUGAAAUAAAUGAGGUACAAAAUUGUUAAAAAAUAUUAAUCUACUGUUGUUGAUGUUGCACACUCACACACACAUUAAAUAUUACCUUUGUUAAUAAAACGUAUUAUUUCAAUAAUAUAUUGUUUGAUCAAGAUAAGAGUUAUUACAGUUUAACCGUUGUUUGGCUUUUUGAGUCUAAAUCUCUGAUUAAACUUGCUCUGUUAAUUGCACGGUGUAUUAGGCAAAAUAUACAAAAUGUAGAAGAAACAAGGAAGGAUCAUCAACUGGCUCAGGAACGAAUAUAAAAUCCUUUAUGGUUGGUUAUACUGGAACUUGUCUACAGGUACCUGGCACAAUUCAUCAUCUUCAAGAGUUUUGUUAAUCGGAGAUUUAUUUCGAAAAACAAACCGGUAUCAGCUUAUUAUCAAAAUAACGAGUCCAUUAAAAAAAAAUAAACAUUUAUUACUCUUAUCUAAUAACCAACUUGCUGUAUUGUAUUUGUUGAACGUUGUCGUGGAUACUCACGAACAAAAAGUUUCUAAUUACUUUGGGCAGCCAUCAAAACAUUACUAUUAAGUCAUUUAAGUACAAGAACCUCGUUGUAGAGGUAGUUUGAGUAUCCUCGUUGAAGAGGCCGCAUAUUUAUAUAUUUAUAUUAACCGCCUCGUUGUAGAGGCCGCAUUAUGAAGUAUGCUUUUAAAAAAAAAUCUGUCAUUACAUAUCUACAAUGUUUUGUUUUUCCUUCAGUUCAUAUCACAAUGGAAGCCGGCGCUGCUGCUCGUGCCACCUGUGCAUCAUGGCGAGAAAUUUUCCCAUACAUUGCCCCAAGAAAUGGAUACAAAGCAUCAAGAUCUCGUGGACCUGGAGGCGUGCUAUCUACAGUGCGUCGAUCCCCACGAAGUCAACCCAAUUAUUGCAGGAGGGAACAAACAUACCACAGAGUAUCAGAUAAACUUCAACGUUACAAACGUAGACAUGAGCGAAAGUGGCGGGUUUUACGACCCUCCACAGGUGAAAUUGGAGAUGGAAGAGUUCAAGGACCUCAGCUCCUUUCUACCGGACUUGCAACCGUCAACUUCAUCAAAUACUAUCGAUGAGCUUAAUACUCCGAUAUUUGGUGAUAUGGAGGUGUCUGUUACAGUAAGGAGUUGGGUGUGUGGAUCACCUGGGGAAAUAAAAGAUAAAGAUGAAUUCGAUUUUUCAGUACAAGCAAAGCCAAGUUCUUAUAGUUUCAAACAUGAACCGGAUCCAUAUGGUAAUCCAUUUAUAUACAACGGCUUGACUGAUAGAUCCGAAGUGCUUCAAAACGAAAGCACUUUUAGCCAUAUAAGCAACAACAUACUUCAAAAUAAUGAAACAUCAUAUGUAAUACAACCAACAGAAAUCAAUAGUGGAAGUUCAGAUUCUGGACAAUCGCCACAAUACCAAACAACAAUGAACGAUUCUCUUCAAAGUUAUGUCAAUGGUUCGUCUGUGAUUUGCACCCCAGAAGAGAGCAAUAGUUCGAAUACCUCCAGCAAUGGAUCUCCAAAUUUGUACCUGAACACCAAUAUCAUUAAUUCUCUCUCACAAAUAAAUAGUUUGAGCACACCUGAUGUAAUUGACACAGUAGUCGAAAUGGACGGCAAUUUCAACAUACUCGACUUUGUUCCGUCAGAGGAAAUAACAACGGUAAAUCCGGAAGACAUUUUCUCGACCUACUCUCUACCUGAAAAACAUCAAGUACAAGCACAGCCUGAAAAGCCCUCAAGGCGGAAAAGGAAAAUCAGCGAUAGUGACGAAGAAUAUGUACCUCCAGUUAAGAGCCGCAAAUCGUACGCGGGACUGCACUCGUCCGAGUCCGACAGCGAUUACGAAGAGCCAAAACCGAAGAAACGUGGCAAAGGAAGGAAAGCUUCCUCAACAUCGAAUGACAGCAGAGAGGAAAACGUUUCGCGGUAUCGUGAUCUCAGAGAUAAGAACAACGAGGCUUCAAGGAGGUCCAGGUUGAAAAGGAAACAAAAGGAAUUGGAAAUUGAGAAAGAGUGCGACGAACUGACUGAGAAGAAUAUCAAACUCAAGGCUCAAGUAGAGGAGUUGGAGAAGACUGUGUCCAGUUAUAGAGAUAAUUUGUUCAAAAUCAUGCUUAAGAAAUAGAAUUUUGUUAUAUUAUUAUUGAUUUCUGUUAGUUAAUGGCCAAGUUUCUGUACAUUACUUAUUAUUAAUUUUAAGGACAUAUUAUAUAUUAAAUAUAUAAUAUUAUAUUUUAUACUUCGGCCAUUUGUAUGUUUUAUUAUGUUUUUAAUAUCGUUUAUGCUGGGAAAUGUAAGGUUUUAUAAAGUUUAAAAACUUGUUUAUAAUAGCUUGAAUAGGGAUAAUUUAACAGCUAUUUGUUUAGUAACUCCCAGCCUAAUUUUUAAUGAUUAAUAUUCAAUGAAAUUGAAAUAAAAUUGUUCUUUUUAUAACGAAA